AUGCCGAUUCCAACCACCGAAGAAAAGAGUUCCGACGACUCACGCAAGAGCAGACCGGAAUUUGGGCUUUCUGGUCGUAAGAUUAUCUACGACAAGGAUGGUAAACCAUGCCGGACAUGUAAUGAGCUAUUAGACUUUCAGUUUGUGACGGGAAAGGCAAAGUCAGCUAAAGCAGUCAAUAAAUCUCCAGAACUGGUAACUCCAAUCCCCAAAGACAACCUCAAAUAUGCCAAGGAAGAUCCACCAGAUGUGGCACGAUUGGGUAAAUCAUCAUGGACAUUGCUUCAUUCAAUUGCGGCAACUUUUCCGGAAACACCAACUACCAAGCAACAGCUGGACAUGAAGCUGUUUCUCAACUUGUUUGCUGGAUUUUAUCCGUGUUGGUAUUGCGGUGAAGAUUUCGUCAAGUACAUAGAUCAACAUGAACCACAAACAAAAUCUCAAGAUAAUUUGGGUAAAUGGUUAUGUGAGGCCCAUAACGAUGUCAAUAAGAAGUUGGGAAAGCCGCAGUUUGACUGUAACUUUUGGAAACAGAGAUGGAAGGAUGGAUGGGAUGAAUAG